ACCGCUGAAUGCCACUCCUUUCCUCCGGUAUCACUCGCUUUCACUACAAUGUCAUUCCUAUUUCCAAGUUGUCUUGUGUGUGACAUGACAGUUCAUUGAUUUUGUCCUACGGUUUAUUGGGCCAUAUGCUAUUAUGGAAAAAUAUUACACAAGACCUGUCAUGUUAUACCCAAGGCAUAUUUUUGUGCACUGCAUGUUUAAGUGGUUAGUCACCUUUAUUCCACCGUAAAGGAUGUGGUUGACUUUUUUUUUUUUGCUGCUUGUCAUUUGAUCGUCUCAGGCCUAACAGCUGCCCAAGAUUACUUUGCCUUGUAAUAGGCUAUAAGCCACAAUUUGCUCCACUGGUCUUCAAGGUCAUUAAGUGGAUGCUGCUGAGCCAUCUCGGCUUGGAUUGAAGCCUGAUAAAUUUAGCCUCGGACUUUAUAUGGUAAAGUCAGCCAUUUGGGUUGCCCUCUCAAAAAUGGUUGGCCUUUCUUUUAACGCUGUCGUCCCUCGACUAAUGCAUUGCUUGCGUUUUGUUUUUAAAUAGUUCCAGUUAGUUGUUAAGUUAAUAAAACGUACGAGGUCGAGUUUUGGCAUGCGUCAUUACGCAAAGGGUUUUUUUUCUACUGGGCAUGUGUAAAACACAGGCAAAGGCACAAUUUAACGGCAAUCCAGAUGGAUAAAUGCUGUAUUGUAUUGUGAGAAAUGUUGCAGGCCUUGUAUCGUUCAGAAUCAUGUUUGGCAGGUUUAUUUUUCCUGUGCGUAAAAGUUCAAAAAUACAAAUAUCCAGGAAUAUUCAUAAAGCUUUUGUCAACUGAGUGAUGUUAACAUUUAUUUAGAGCGGUAAAGUCACGUCAAAAAUGGUGGCUGUAAAGUCAAUCUCUAUGUCAGGGAAUUUAGGGAGAUUAUUUGGAACGUCACCAUACAUGGGCCUAAAGUGCCACCUAUCGAGCGCACGGGGGCGAUAAUCUAAAGUAGCCUAGGCCUAUGUGGAACACAAGUGCACCAAGCGAUGUAUGACGUAUUCCAACAUAACAAUGGUUUUUUUUUUUUACGUGAUGACUUUGUCUUUUGUCAACGACACAGUUACACAUUGUUAUACAGUAACACAAAUGUAUUGAAGAGGUGGAUCAGUCGGGUGAAAAAAAUGUGUGUGUUAACCACUCAAUAAAUCAGAACAGUUAAACAGUAAUGUGCACCUCUGGGUGAGCUAGGACCACAAGUAGAACCAAAUCACACAGGAAGUUUAGCUGAAAUUAUGAACCAGUCUGUGAAGUGCAGUAGUGCAAAGGGCUUUACUUUAUUUUUCACGGUGCAGCAGAGGGCGCAAAAGAGCAACACACGGGUCCAGAGCAUCUUUACGGUAGUUUAUGCUAUAAAUCGAAGAUAAUAGGUGACUAUACUGAAUCUUUGCUGGCAAAACACGUGAUCUAAACAAAACAAUUGACCGAAAUGAUAUCCUAACCAUGCUAUUUCAGACAGACGUUUAAAUUACAUUUGGGCAAAGCGCACCCUUAUUUCACAUACCAACGCGCACCCUUAUUUCUUUGGGCAGCACAGCGCUAGUUCUAUAGGAGCACGGUUACUUCCGGUGUACUGCAGGCGUUGCUGAGCGUCUCUUGACAAGCACGGCGUAAAGAAGCUAUUUAGUCGGCGGCUUGCAUUCCAGGGCGUUUGGCGCUCUGUGGGCAAAAUUGGGGGAAAUUACCUGAACCCGUUAUUUUAAGACAAAGUGAGCGCAAUGGCGGGACUAACAUCUCUGGAAGCUGUGAAGCGAAAAAUUAAAUCUUUGCAAGAGCAAGCAGACGGUGCUGAAGAGAGAGCAGACAGGCUCCAGAAGGACCUGGGUUUGGAGAGGAAAUCCAGAGAAAACGCUGAGGGGGAUGUGGCCUCCCUGAACAGGCGUAUCCAGCUGGUGGAGGAGGAGCUGGACAGGGCUCAGGAGCGACUGGCCACCGCCCUGCAGAAACUGGAGGAGGCCGAGAAGGCUGCUGAUGAGAGCGAGAGAGGCAUGAAGGUGAUUGAGAACCGGGCCAUGAAGGAUGAGGAGAAGAUGGAGCUGCAGGAGAUCCAGCUGAAGGAGGCCAAGCACAUCGCUGAGGAGGCCGACCGCAAAUACGAGGAGGUGGCCCGUAAGCUGGUGAUUGUGGAGGGUGAGCUGGAGCGUACUGAGGAGCGCGCUGAGCUGGCCGAGAGAGUGGUGCGCCAAUCUGACGAGGAAGCCAGGGUCAUGGACCAGGCCGUUAAGUCUUUACAAGCCUCACACACACAGUACUCACAGAAGGAAGACAAGUACGAGGAGGAGAUCAAGGUCCUCACUGACAAACUGAAGGAGGCUGAGACUCGUGCCGAGUUCGCUGAGAGAUCAGUAGCCAAACUUGAGAAGACCAUCGACGAUCUGGAAGACGAGCUGUAUGCCCAGAAGCUUAAGUACAAGGCCAUCAGCGAGGAGCUGGAUCAUGCUCUCAACGACAUGACCUCAAUGUAAACCCCCUCCCUCCCGGCUGCGUCUUGCCCCUGCCUCUGCCCCUGCCCUGCCCUGCACCCCUCUACUACCCCACCACCAUACUACAUCCUGACCUGAGCCUGCUCUGAACCCCUCUCCUCUCCGACCUCCACCAGCUACCCACCCCCUCCUCACUCUGUUCUGAACCCCUGGACCCAGCCAUCUCUGCAACCCCAGCCCCCCUACCCUCAACAAAACCACCCUUUCCACCUGCACCCCUACUUGUAUUCUCAUUCACAUCGGAGUUGGACAUAUUGGAUUGAGAAAGUAAAAAGUCCUGCCAUCAUGUAUUCCAUCUGUUUGCUCUAUACAUUUGUUUUUAGUUAGUCAUCUCAUCUUUUCUACCUUGGAAUUGGUUGGUUCAGGGGACUUAGUUGGAGCAAAUCUAUGGCAGGACUUGAACUUUCUGAAUCCAGCAUGCCCAUUGCCCUCGGAAUGGUAGAAUGGGAUUCUACUACCCUCUGACUCCCCUGUCAUGCUCUGUUUUUCUCCCUCAUGCCAUCAUUUGUCGUUUCUGUUCUCACAAGCAGACAGUUGUAGCUCUCCGUGACUUGCCAACGUAAUUAGUGAAGAAUUGUUCUUUUUUUUUCUUCAUUUGUUUACUUUGCUUUUCAGACAAUGAGUGUUAAGACAUGUUGUUUGCAAGUGCUUUCCUCUGUCUCUCUCUCUCUUACCCUCCCUCUCGCCGUCUCUGUCUUUGCUUUUGUUUUGUGAGAACAGCAAACAACAAUGAUGUGAUGUUUUUAACUGAAUUACUUUUUGUCCUUUGAAAAGUAAGCUUCUUCCUGACCAGUUUUAGUCAAGUAAUACUUUCCUCGUGGACAUGUCACAUUAAAGUAUUCCCUCUCCUUUUCCUCUCUGAGUGGUCUUAGUGGCCUUGUAGUCGGCCCAUAAACAUUGCAUGUGUGGGCUGUUUUUGAAAUGCCUUCAGGUGUAUUAGCCGGGGGCAUUUCAAUGGUUGAGUUCUCUUGUUUUGUGGAAUCCAUUUUCUGUACUCCCCAAAGGGUGUAUGUGUGUGUGUUUGUGCGUGCAUGUGUAUGUAUGUAUAUGUGCGUGUGUACCCGUGUGCUUGUCUGAAGUAAGUCAGGUCAGGGGUGAGUUUCUCAAAAGAGAAGUUGUUAGCCUGUUAGCAACUUCGGUAGUUGGCAAUGGGAAAAUGCAUUGAAAACAACAAAGUAGCUAAUGUAGUAAGCAACUUUGGUUUUGAGAAAUUCACCCCUGUUUACUAAUGCGGUCUACUUCUAAUCUGAUAAGUGGCCUCGUCCCUCACCCUGGUCAUUGGUCAAUUCAAAGUCCUCUGUGUGUUUCUUCUUAGCGGUGAAUGUUUGUUUCCACUCAGUCUUUAGCCAUAAGUGAAAGUUUGUGUGGUUAAAUGGUAAAAAAAAUGGUGUUUUGGAUAGCAUUAUAGUAGGUGCACAAUGGUUAAAUGUUCGAAGUUUUCAUGCUGGCUACUGUUUGGGACUGUAGCAAAGGGGAAGAGGUUUCUCCACAUUUUGAUGCCUAGGUCCAGGUGCAUAUUUGGUACCCAACCCGGGGUCAAAGAUGGAUGUGGCGAGAUCUCUUUCCCUCCGCUACAGCCAAGAUAGAUAUAGGGUGACGUUAAUUUGAUGAAGGAGUGUGUGUGUAUGUGGUAACUGUAUGACAUCUGGUGUGUGUGUGUGUUUGUGUGUGUCUGUGUGUGUGUGUGUGUGUGUGUGUUUGUGUGUGUCUGUGUGUGUGUGUGUGUCUGUGUGUGUGCGCGUGUGUGUGGACACCCUUCCCUCAAACUGCAGUGCCCUUCCAUCACUUUGUUUUUGCUUCUUUUUCCUUCACACAGAUAAUUUGUUUACUCCCCACCUGUACCUGUCCAAAGAUGCCUCCUCCUCUGCUGAGUGGCCUCUCUGCCCCUCCCCCUCCCCCUCCCCCUCUCCUCUCAUCUGUCUUCACCUCCUUUCAUCUCUCUCUCGCUCUCUCUCUGUCUGUCUUUUGCCUUCUUCCAUUUCUUUCUUAUACACCUUCUUUCCAUCUCUUCCCCCUUUCUUUUUUUAUCAAUCUCUUUAUGUCUCCCUUCUUUCUCUCUGUCCUCCCCCCUCCCCUCUCUCUUAUUUCCCUCUUCUCUUUCUUUCUCUCCCUUCUUUCCAUGCCUCUUCAUUCCCUUCUUCUUCUUUUUUCCUGUGACACAUCUACUUCCCCUCCACAUCUCUGUUGUGUCACGCUUGUUGUUGUACAUACACCCCUUCAUUCUCUCUGAAUUGUGUAUAAAUAAAUCAUUCUUCCUUGUAUUUAAACUUCUUUUUUUCUCU